AUGGAUAAAUUCAUUGCUAGCAUUCGUCGAAAGUACAAAGAGAGACUCUUGAAUCGCCAAAAUCAAUGGCCACCAGUUAGAGGGGACAAGCUGAUAAACUUACAGUUAGUGGAGGCUGAAAAAGAAGAAGGAUUUAGAGCUGGCUUGCCACAACAUGGUGCACCUGAUGAUAAGGUCAAGCGUACUCCAAUUCUCCAUGGUGACCUUUUCAAAGUUGAAAAAGGCAGGAAACCAGUGAGAAAGCUCAUCGUUGAAGGCAAUGCUGGGAUUGGUAAAACCACACUGUGUACCAUGCUUGCUGAGGGAUGGGCAGAGGGCAAUAUCCUAAAACGCUUUGACUGUGUUCUGUUGCUUCCACUAAGAGAAAAUCGAGUAUCUUCAGCCACAAGUCUUGCUGAACUGUUCAAACUUCUCCACUCCAGUGAGAGGAUCUGUGCAUCUGUUAUAGAGGAGUUGGAGGAUAGAGAGGGAGAAGGUGUCCUCAUCAUAGCUGAUGGCUGGGACGAACUCAGUGAUGAAAACCAGUCCAAAGUGUCCUUUUUAUACAACCUUGUUUUUGGUGAUGUUCUUCCAUUUGCUUCUGUUCUCCUCACCUCACGACCUUCUGCUUCAGCUCCUCUUCACGACCUUCCUUCUGUGGACCGUUUGGUUGAGGUAGUUGGUUUUAACGAGGAAAAUAUCAAGCAGUACAUAAAAUCAGAGUUUGAGCAAUUCCCAGAGAAAGCUUCUUCUCUUAUCGAGCAGCUUGAGAACAACCCAGUCAUUCAGAGUGUGUGUUCUGUGCCCCUCAAUUGUGGCAUUGUUUGUAACUUGUGGCAUAUUUUAGACCAAAAGCUUCCUCAUACGUUAACUGAGCUGUACACUCAAAUCGUUCUUAACAUUAUCCUUCGCAAUAUCCAAAAACAUUUUCCUGAUUGUCCUAUUGGCCUCAAUAGUUUUGAUGAGAUUCCGAAAGAUCUACAAGACACGUUCUGGUUGAUCUGUGAGUUUGCCUACGAAUGCUUGUUACUUGAUCAGCUGGUUUUCUCAGAAGCUGAAUUGUCCUCUCACUUACCCGAAGUUGGUGACAAAUUGCAGUGCUUUGGUCUGUUGCAGUCUGCACUAUCACUUCUACCUGGUGGUCACGGUCUGUCUUUUCACUUUGCUCACCUGACCAUCCAGGAGUUUCUGGCUGCCCUCCAUCUUGCUACUCUACCCAAUAAAGAGAAACUGAGGAUUGUUAAGGCUCGUGCUGACAGUAGCCGGUUUGACAUGGUGUGGAGAUUUAUGUUUGGUCUUGCUAGUAAACACAAUGGUAGUCAUAGUGAUAAAAUCAUCUGUUUAAAUGAUAGUUUGAUGGAUCAAUUUCUGGUAGUUGUAAAGCAAAAUAAUCCAGCGCCCUUCUUUUGUCAUGUAGCAUUCGAAGUUUCCAAUCCUGGCUUUGCUAUUAAAAUUUGUGAAUUGGUUGGUCAAUAUGAAUUAAUCAGUUCCUGGGACGGCCCUUUUGACUAUGAAGCUUGUUUCUAUAUCCUUCGUCACAUGACGCAAUGUGAUGAUAUGGAAAUCAGAAUAGGUAAUUGUGCAUUCGAGAUAAGUUGCUUACGGAACUAACAAACAUACUUUCAAAGGCUGAAGAUAGACUUCAAGUCCGACAGUUAUCCCUCAGGCAGACUAAGUUGUCUGACAAAAGUGUCUCUGAUCUAUUCAAGAGAGCCUCAGCAGCCUUUACAACAUUAGACCACCUCUCGUUGUAUAAUAAUAACUUCACUGACGUCAUGUCUUCCAUUCAUGCACACAUCUUGUACGAGCCUCACAACACUGUACUUAUCUCACAAUCCUCUUGGAGUGUCUGGCAUGCAGUCAUUAGAGACAGCUGUACAGUCUGGUGCUCUUAUCAACCUGUUGGAACUGGGGCUCUCCAAUACCCUCACUGAUGAUGCUGACGUCAAUGAAGCUCUACUGACAACCCUCUUACAGUCCAUUGCCUCUCACUGUGCUGACCUGGAAUACUUGGACCUCUCUUGUAACAAUUUUGGUUUAAUUUCAUCAGUUGUGGAAAACAUUUCGUUACGAUUGCGUCACGUAGAUUUAUCGGCUACCCAUCCUACCACUUCAUUUCACCCAGAAUCUCAAUACACAAUCACUUGUGAGAUGUUGAAUCUCUACCUAAAAUGCUUAACAAGUUUGUACUUGACUGGCUCUAAUUUCAGUGGAAUGGCUAGAACUCUUUUAUUGGCAAUGUUUCUUCAAGCAUUUCAAUCACUAGAAAAACUUAUCUGCUUUGACUGUUGUUCUCUCACCUCUGCCGACAUCAUAAUGGUUAUCCACCAUCUCAAGUCUGCUAAUGUAAUAUGUAAGAAUUUAAAUGAAUUGGAUCUCAGAGACAACUGCAUUGAUGAUGAUGGAGUAAUAGCUCUUACUGAGUGUCUACCAGAGCUGUUCCCUAGUUUGAAGGUUUUCGGUACCGCGAACCAUUGUGACAUUGAUCUCUGUGGUAAUCCUGUGAGCAAAGAGUUGAUACAUAUGUGCAACGAAAACUUGGAGGCCUUUGAAGAAUCACGAAAAACUGCAGUGCUAAAUGAGUGGGAGAGAACGUGUUUACCUCCACAAAAUAGAGAGAUAACCCGUGUUUUCUACAAACUGUGGGAUACGUUACUGUCAAAAAUGGUUGAGAUGGCUGAACUAUUUGACAUCGACCAAACUGACGAUGCACUGGACACUAUUAGUGACGAUGCCAAUUACAAAAUCUUCUUUCCAGACUCUCUUGCCCGUAACCUAAAUUCUCCUCAGGCUACAGAACCACUCAAUGAUGAGCCUAUACCUCCCCUACAGUACAGUCCACUAGAAUAACAGAGCAAGAGGUAACAAACUUUGCUGUAUUAGUUGCUGACUCUAGUAAAGAUGAGAGAGUUACAUCACCCCUCCCACCUUCAUCUCCAAAAGCAACUCAAGCCAGUUCAGAGUUGACUCCUGGUGUUUUGAACAAGGAGCUCAAUUAAGACACUCACAAAAUCAAUACUGUUUGGGGUCAGUUUGGGCAUUCCUCAACACCGACUGGAGGUCAUCCAGCAAGACAAUCGAUUUGAUACCAAAGGUCAGAAGAUUGCCCUGUUCCAGUUCAUUGCCAAAAACUACAUGAGUCUAAGAAUAACUUGGAGCAUUAUUGCCGACGCUCUACGUGACAUUGAUUAUGGGGACUUGUCAACAGCUAUUAGGGAGAAAUACUGCACUAGUAUGUAACUUUGUUUGUAUGAUGUACGUAUCCUUGUUGUGAUGGAGUUUCUCCUUAUAGGGACACAAAUAUUGCCUACAAAAAUUGCAGUUUGUUAAAACCUUGUUCAGUGUGUUAUUUUUUCUACACCUGGAAGAUUAUUUAUACUCAUUCAAUUUAUCAUGCACAUGCUAUAGAUUAGUGACAGUGGUCACACAGAGGAGGUCCGACAUGCGUGCACGAAUCACUACAAGUUCAGUGCAUUUAGCCAGGACGUUAUCACGUGACCACACAUGACAUCAGUGCACUGAACUUGUAGUGAUUCGUGCACACAUAACGAAUCUCAGUGCAUUUAGCCAGGACAUUGUCAUGCGACCACAAUGACAUCAACGCACUGAACUUGUAGUGAUUUGUGCACGCAUCCUCUGGUGGUCACGAGAUAUGUCAGUGGACCUUACCACAGUUUCUAAGAUGUUUGGUUAUUAAUACUGAACAACCCUUUUACAAAAGCCUGAACAAGGUCUUGCUUUCACUGAGUUCUACUUGUGGAAAUUAGCUGUGCCGAGGGUUUGAGCCUCUUUAGUAUGGGGUACCGUUUGUGUCAAAAUCCAAAAAGAGUCGAUGCAGAGUCUGAGUCAAUAUUAUGAAUGAAAGAGUCAAUAUUACCUUAAGGUGACAUAUUUUCACAGGUAGAUUUGUUUGCGUUUUUACAGUUUUGUACAUUUUGCGGUAUAAUAUUUUGCGAAAUGUCGAUCUGGAUACAUUAAACAAGAGGGCGGCCAAUUAUUUGCGAGUAUUAAUUUUUGCGAUUUUACUCUCAUUCGCAGAAAUAGCAGAAAUUAAUACACGCGAAAAUAUGUCACCUUAAGGUAUAAAUAAGUCGAUGUUUACUAAACAUUAACAUUAGAGUAGGCCUAUUUUCUGUAUUUUGUAGUAAGUCGACCUUUACUAAUAUGAUUUAAUUUCAAUUUAACGGUAAAUUGGAAAGCAUGUGGAGAGUGUAGGAAGCUGGAGCCGUGGUGUGCUACACAGAACAGACUGGAGAAACCCAAUGAGUGACCUUAAUGAACUAAGGUCAGCCUUCCCUGUGCAGCACCACUCCUCCUAGCCCUAGCCCUACACUGACUCGACUCUCCAGUUUACCGUUAAAUUGAAAUUAGUAAAGGUCGACUUACUACAAACACAGAAUACUAAAUUAUUAUGGUAAACAUCGACUCCUUUGUAACGCCCUCUUUUGUAACGGCGUCGACCCUUUGACUUCAUUUCAUAACAUCGACUCAUUUUAAUUUUGACACAAACGGCAAAACAUCGACCUUUAUGACGUCGACUCUUGGUAAACAUCGACUCCUUUAGACCUUUAUGACGUCGACUCUUGGUAAACAUCGACUCCUUUAGACCUUUAUGAUGUCAACUCUUGGUAAACAUUGACCUUUAUAACGUUGACUCCAUUUCAUAGACUCUUUUUGGAUUUUGACACAAACGGCACCCCAUCCAUACCUUAGGGUAGCACUGUUUGGUGGUAUUUGACGUCUGUCUUUUGUAUAUGGUUGGCCUCAACUCCAAACCUGUGUAUAUAGUGACUAUAUACCUAUAUCCAAACCCAUGGCCAGUGACGUAGGCAGAGGGGGGUUCACGGGGCUAGAGCCCCCUCCCCCGGUUUUAUGCUCCAUCAACUGCAACUAAUAUAGCUUGAAUCGUAUACAUAGUUACUAGAAUGAUGUCAUGUAGGCAGGGCCAUCUGAUGCGCAUACUUACUGCUGAGGAAAAGUGAUGCCCUUUUUUUAGAAUCUAGCCCUGCCCUUCACAAAAUCCUGGCUACGCCACUGAUGGCUAUACAGGGCUAUACCUCAGCCGGUGACUUUACGUACAAUGUCAGUUUCUACGUAAUAGUUAUAUACUACAUGGAAAUGAGUGCCAUAUGCAUGCAUAAGCAGUUUAUUGGUCAGGUAGUAUAGUCAGGGGCGUAGGCAGGAAUUUGAGGAAGGGGGGGCUGAGCUGUUACGCGCCAGAAACUACUUGGCGCGGAGCGCCAAAAUUUU